GGACGCGCCCGGCCGCAGACUACACCUCCGAGUCCUCUGCCACGGAGGACAAGCCUCGAAGGUAGCAGGUUCCAACCGGACUGCGAGGACCUUGAAAGACCGAGUGGAGCGGCAUGGGGUCUUUUGCGUUGAAGGACAUAGGAAGGCGCUGGAUUUGAGUUUCCCAUCCUCCUGGGGCAGUUCGGCCCGGACAUCUGGGUCCUCUGGAUCCCUCCCCUAGAGGGCGGGGUUAAGUUUUCUGACCAAUGACAGCGCGCUCCCUAGGCUGCCCCGCCCCCAGAACGGGGGUCUUACUGAAUACCCUCACCACCCCGAACCCCGGCCUGGGGCUGCGCGAGCGCGGAAUUUGCGGACACCAAGAUGCCCGGCGAACAACAGACGGAGGAGGAGGAAGAAGAGAUGCAAGAGGAGAUGGUGCUGCUGGUGAAGGGUGAGGAGGAUGAGGGCGAGGAGAAGUAUGAGGUGGUGAAACUCAAGAUCCCUGUGGACAACAAGGAGGUCCCAAGCGAGGCUCCAGCGCCGUCUGCCGAUCCGGCACGCCCACAUGCGUGCCCAGACUGUGGCCGGGCUUUCGCUCGCCGCUCCACACUAGCCAAGCAUUCGCGCACGCACACUGGCGAGCGACCCUUCGCAUGCACUGAGUGCGGCCGGGGAUUCUCGCAGAAGUCGGCGCUGACCAAGCAUGGCCGCACGCACACUGGGGAGCGGCCCUACAAGUGCCCUGAGUGCGACAAGCGCUUCUCGGCUGCCUCCAACCUGCGGCAGCACCGGCGGCGCCACACUGGCGAAAAGCCUUAUUUAUGCACACACUGCGGUCGCCGCUUCGCGCAGAGCUCCAACUACGCACAGCACCUGCGCGUGCACACGGGCGAGAAGCCCUAUGCCUGUCCAGACUGUGGACGUGCCUUUGGUGGCAGUUCGUGCCUGGCGCGCCACCGACGCACGCACACAGGUGAGCGGCCUUACGCAUGCGCUGACUGCGGUACGCGCUUUGCGCAGAGCUCAGCGCUGGCCAAGCACCGGCGUGUGCACACUGGAGAGAAGCCGCACCGUUGUGCGGUGUGUGGCCGCCGUUUUGGGCACCGCUCCAACCUGGCGGAGCAUGCCCGCACGCACACGGGCGAGCGGCCCUACCCGUGUGGCGAGUGCGGCCAGCGUUUCCGCCUCAGCUCACACUUCAUUCGCCACCGUCGUGCGCACAUGCGGCGCCGUCUCUACAUCUGCGCUGGCUGCGGGCGAGACUUCAAGCUACCCCCUGGAGCUACGGCCGGCACUGCCACCGAGCAUUGCCCAGAGUGUAAGAGCAGCUGAUCUCUAGUCUGGUGGCUGUGGGGUGCUAGUGUCCAGUACACCAGUGUUCCUGAACCAACUCUGAGGAUUGCAACCCUUCGGGGCUAAGUUAACGUGAUGGACUACUCCCCGGCACCCUGGUUUGGGAGAGGGUGGGAUGGAAGGCCUGGCUUCCCAGUACUGGGACAUGUGCGGAUCCCUGCGAACCGUGCUCACUUCCCCUCACAAGUCCUCAGCCCGUGCUAGUAAAUGAAGUAUAUCCUCACCUGGCCCUAGCCCGUGAUUGAGGUGAUUGGGGGGAGGAGCCAAGUUGGGGAUUUCCCCAGACUAGGCAACUUAGGUGAACUCUCAUGGAACCAAGUGGGGAUAUAAACCCAAAAGCCUACCUG